AUGGCGGGCGUUGGCAUUUACUGCCCUAUUGCCCUAAUAAGCACGUCGCAUCUCCGCCGCGCGCAGCCAGCCAAGUCGCGGCAGUCUCUCGCCACGCGCCGGCGCCUGCGCAUGUACAGUCCGUGUCGACCACAUCGUUAUCUAACAGUGCCUCAGAUAUCUCGCGAUGCGUCCGGCGGCGGUAGCGCUGCUGCUGCUUAUUGG